GACCCACAGAACCAGGAAACGCCGAGCCAAAACUUUAACCCCAAAACCUGGGAAAAAGCUCAUUCCCUGCCCCGGAGCCCACGAAAUCCCUGGAAAAGCUUCGGGAGCGGGAGGUGGCACCUCCUGGCACCUCCCGGCACCUCCCGAGCCCCGCGCAAAGGUCCCGGUUCCGCCCGUUUGUUCAAACAAACGCGUUCCCGGCAGGACGAGCCCCCGGGAAUAUCCAGAGGGAACGCUCGGCUCUUGGGGAAUUCGGGAUUUUCCUGGAUUUCUGCUGGCCCGGCACCCCCGGCCGAGGCUGCGGGAGCUUUCCCCGCUCCCGGAGCUUUUCCAUGAUCCCGGAUAUUCCCGGAAAUGAAAUCCCGCCUGGAUCCGGCUGUGCUGGGCUGGCCCGAGGUGUGUGACCCGUCCGGAACCGGGACAAGGAUUCCAUAUUCAUUAUUCCACGUUUGUGGCCGAUCCCCGGCAGAUCCAAGGGCAGAUCCACAAAGGAAAGCGGUUUUUUUUUUAAUCAGCUGACCGGGCUGGGAAUGUAAAAACAGGAAAACGGCUGAGCUCAUCCCAGCUCAUCCCAGCUCAUCCCAGUCCCCUCCCUGUCCCCAGCGGGCGUCCGGCCCUGAGCGGCACCGGGACCCCCCCCCGAAAACCUGGAGCCCCCCGAGAGCCUGGAGCCCCCCCAAAGCCUGGAGCCCCCCCACAUCGCCCCCGGGCCCUGCGGGGGGGUCCCCGCGGGGGUCCCGCCCCCGAGGCGCCGCUGCGUGUCCGUCCUGGAGCCCGGCACGGCCUGGGAUGAGGAGGAGGAGGAGGAGGAGGAGGAAGAGCGGGGCCCCGGGGUGUCCCUGCGGAGAUCCGGGACGCUCCGGGGCUCCCUGGACCCUUUCCGCCGGCACAGCUGGGAGCCGGGGAAGGACCCGCGGGGCAUCCCGGGCUACGACCAGCUCAGCGGGAGCCCCGAGCUCGGCUCCAGCGCGGAGCAGCUGGGGGGGCUCUGGCGGCACCGCCGGGACCCCCGGAGAGCCCCCCUGGUGCACAGCAGUGACGAGCUGGACUCGCUGCUCUCGCAGGACGAGGAGGACGAGGCCGAUGUGAGGCGGGCACAGGAGGACGCGCGGAGGCUCCCGGCGCCCCUGGCCUGGCCCCGCUCCCGGGGCUGGUCCCGCUCCAAAUCCGCAUCGCUCGGUGUCAUCGCCAGUGUCCCCGGCGAGGAGGCUGCCGAAAUUCCCCCGUUCGCCUCCCAGCAGAGCCUGGUCAGCGGCGCCGGGAGCCGCGAGCGGCUGGCGGGGGAGGCGGGGACCCCCCCGGGCCGGGAAGGGACCCCCCUGGACAGGACCCUCAGCUUCAUCCGCAGGAUGACCGGGAAGACAAAGGGCAAGGACAAGGAGAGGAUGAAGGAGGGGAAGGAGAAGGACGCGCGUUACACCAACGGGCACCUCUUCACCACCAUCUCCGUGUCCGGCAUGACCAUGUGCUUCGCCUGCAACAAGAGCAUCACGGCCAAGGAAGCGCUCGUGUGUCCCACCUGCAACGUCACCAUCCACAACCGCUGCAAGGACACCCUGCCCAACUGCACCAAGGUGAAGCAGAAGCAGCAGAAGGCGGCGCUGCUGAAGAACAGCUCAGCCCUGCAGUCGGUGUCCCUGCGCAACAAGAAUGCCAUCCGGGAGCGCCCCAAUUCUGCCAUCUACCCCUCGGAGAGUUUCCGGCAGACGCUGCUGGGGCCCCGCCGCGGCCGCCCCUCCCUGUCCCUCUCCAAGAGCGUCUCCACCACCAACAUCUCGGGGACGUUCAACGAUGACUCUCCCCUGGGCAUCCGGCGGAUCCUGUCCCAAUCCACGGAUUCCCUCAACAUGCGCAACCGGACGCUCUCCGUGGAGUCGCUGAUCGACGAAGGCCCUGACGUCAUCCUGAGCCAGCUGCUGAGCGAUUUGGAGGCGGAUGGGAAGGAGUUCGAGGCGGAUUCCUGGAGCCUGGCGGUGGAUAACAGCUUCCUGCAGCAGCACCGCAUGGACGUCAUGAAACGGCAGGACGUCAUCUACGAGCUGAUGCAGACGGAGCUGCACCACGUGCGGACGCUGAAGAUCAUGGGCGCCCUGUUCCGCAGGGCGAUGCUGGAGGAGCUGCAGCUGGACCCUGGCACCGUCCAGCGCAUCUUCCCCUGCCUCGACGAGCUCAGCCACAUCCACGAGCGCUUCCUGGCCCAGCUCCUGGAGCGGCGCCGGGAAUCGCUGGCCCAGGACAGCAACAAGAACUUCGUCAUCGACCGUCUCGGUGACAUCCUCGUCACCCAGUUCUCUGGCCCGAGCGCGGAGCAGCUGCGCAAAGCCUACGCCGAGUUCUGCAGCAAGCACACCAAGGCGCUCAAGGAGUACAAGGACCUGCUGGCCCGGGACAAACGCUUCCAGCAGUUCAUCCGGCGGGUGACGCGGUCCCCGCUCCUGCGCCGCCACGGCGUCCCCGAGUGCAUCCUGCUGGUGACGCAGCGCAUCACCAAGUACCCGGUGCUCAUCGAGCGCAUCCUCAAGAACUCCAAAGACAACGAGGGGGACUGCGCGGACCUGUCGCGGGCGCUGCGCUUGGUGAAGGAGCUGCUCUCGGCCGUGGACGAGGAGGUUCACGCCUGGGAGCUCCGCGGGCGCCUCUGGGACGUUUUCCGACGCGUGGAUCCCCGCGCCAAGGUGCCGCUGCUCUGGGACAGCCGCCCCGGAGCCUUCGGCAGGGACGAGCUGCUCCGCAGGAAGCUGGUGCACAGCGGGGGGAUGCUCUGGAAAACGGCGGCCGGGCGCUUCAAAGACGUCCUGGUGCUGCUGAUGACGGACGUGCUCGUGUUCCUGCAAGAGAAGGACCAGAAAUACACCUUCCCCAUGCUGGACAAGCCAGCCGUCAUCUCCCUGCAAAACCUGAUCGUGCGGGACAUCGCCAACCAGGAGAAGGGGAUGUUCCUGAUCAGCGCGGCCCCGCCCGAGAUGUACGAGGUGCACGCGGCUUCCCGGGACGACCGCAACCACUGGAUGAAGGUCAUCCAGCAGGCCGUCAGCCUCUGUCCAAGCCGCCAGGAUUUUCCCCUGAUUGAGACGGAGACUGAAGCGUCCUUGAGGAAGCUGAAAGAGCGGAUGGAGCAGCACGACCGUCAGAUCGCGGCGCUGCUGGAGGACAAGGUUGGGAUUUUUGCGGACAUGCUGGCGCUGGGCAGCGGCUGCUCCGAGCCCCCCCCGGCCCCCCGCGGGACCCCCUUUCCUGGGGACCCCGGCCGGGGCCCCCGCGGGGACGUGCUGCUGCACGACGCCAUCCGGGAAGUGGAGUGCCUGAAGGAGAUUUUCACGGGAUGCAGCCGGGAUCGGGACCAGAACCAGAACCAGAACCAGAACCAGAACAAUCCCCCCGAGGCUGAGAGCUGCCCCAGCCCCAGUGCCAGCAACGGAGACUCCGGCAGCAUCAACGGCUCCUUGGAAUUCCGGGCGGAUCCAGACUCUGGGCAGCGGGACGGGAAUGGGAACCAGGUCCCGCCGAGGGGAUCCCAGGAGGAGAUCAACCAGCGCCUGGUGAACCUGUACGGGCUCCUGCUGCGGCUGCAGGUCCAGCUGACCCACCAGGAGGUGCUGCUGGAGCUGCAGCUGCCGGAGGGGCUGCAGCGGCCGCGGCCCCGCCGGGGGUCGCAGCCGGCCGUGCCGGUGAGCGGGGGCUCGGAGCCGGGUCCCGGGGCGGAGCUGGCGCUGCUGCAGCGGCAGCACGGGCUGGUGCAGGAGGAGCUGAGCCGCUGCCGGCAGCUGUGCCAGGAGCGGGCGCAGGAGGCGGCGGCGCUGGAGUCGCGGCUGCGGGACAGCGAGCGGGAGCGGUCCCGGCUGGAGCGGGAGCUGCAGGAGGCGCGGGGGGCUCCGGCCGGGCCGCGGGGCCGGAGAGCGGCCGAGCCCCGGCGCAGGAGCCUCCCGGCCGGGGACGCGCUGUACCUGAGCUUCACCCCCCCGCAGCUGAGCCACCCCAGCUCCCCCGGCGGCCUCCCGUUCCACGCCCCCGCCUUCCCCGGCCCCCGAGAUGAGCUGGAAUUCCGGGGCGCCGAUCCCGAGCGGCUGCGGGAGGGCGAGGACACCCUGGACGUGCUCCUGGAGGACGAGGGGGGCUUGGGGAGCCGCCACUCCCCCCCCGCCAGCCCCCGAGAUUUCCUGAGGAUGCAGGAUAUUCCCGAGGAGGCGGAGAACAGCCAGGAGCUGAAGGAGGGCGACGGGGACAGUUAGGGACCCCCGCAGCCCCCUCAGCACCCCACGAUUCCCCCCAGGACGCGCCGGGGGCUGGAUCCAGCUGUGGGGAGCGAUGGGAAAGGCGGGAUGGGGACGCUGCUAUUCCCACGGGAGCCUUAUGGGAACGGGGGGGGGUCCAGUGGCCCCCUCCCCUGCUCCAGCCCAGGGGGGGCG